AUGUCUUACCUAAAAAGAUAUAAUCAAAUUAGGUGCUCAUUAGAAGUCAAAGAAGUAAAUAUAUCAUUACACGAACUAAAAACGCCACCAAAAAGACAAAAUAUUCAUGCAAAAACCCCAAAAUCACCUCCAAAAACUGACAGAAAACAGCCGAUUAUUAAAUUAAAUCUUCACCGAAAAAGCUUUUCAACGUCAAAAUGCUCAUCAAGAUCUCACUCCUCGAAUAAAUAUAAAGAUAUUAUAUUUAAAAUUAAUUUAUUUCAAAUAGAUUACCAAUAUUCUGCUUAAUCAUAAAAAAAUAUAGAAUUAGGUAAAAAUUAUUAGGAGACUAUUUAUUAUAAUAUGGCUAUAUUAAUGCUGAGCCAAUACGGGUAGAAUUAAAAUUAGAAGAUCUCAGUCACUCGCCGUCUAGGCUUAAUGAUUUUCUGAAAAAUAGAAAAAAGCAGCCAUCAAGGUCUCCAAGCGAACAUCUUGGAAACGAUUUUAUUGACCCUGAAAAUGAAUCAAGCUUGUCACACAGCUAUAUUUCUAUUAAUCCAGCCCCAGAUCUAUUGAGUUCAUCUCUGCUUGAGUCUCUAGGCAAUAUUAGUCCUAUACAAGAAAUAACAAAAGAUGUGAAUAUAACGUCUUUGGAACAGUCAUUUGAAUUUACAUUUGAAAAUAGCAAAAAAACUAGAAAAAUGCUGAAAAAUCAAGAAAAUAAUUGUGAAGUGAUAGAGAGAGUUAAGGAAUUAAUAGAAAAAUCGUAUUCAUGCAAUGGAAAAUUAUCAUUGAUCCCUAAAAAUGAUCUAAAUAAAAUACCCGAAUCCAUAAUAGUUUGAAGAAAUGGAGAUAUUAGAACAUAUGAUGUGAAACACAUACAGAGAUAA